AUGUGGUGGAUGCUGUUUCCGCGAUGGAUUUGGUUUCUUCUCGGACAUUUUUACACUUUUCUGCUCUAUAUGGACAGCGUGGGGGCAAUGCCGAUGUCCGUGGCCAAAGUGGUGUACUCUCACGCGGGUCUGUGCCCCAAUGAGCUGAAUCCCAAUUUAUGGGUGGAUGCCAUGAGCACCUGCAUCCGCGAGUGUGAAUCUGACCAGGACUGUGAGACGUUUGAGAAGUGCUGCCUCAAUGUAUGUGGAAACAAGAGUUGUGUUGCUGCACGCUACAUUGACAUCAAGGGAAACAAGGGGCCCAUUGGUAUGCCCAAAGGUGCUUCCUGUGACAAGUUCAUGUGCUCCCAGCAAGGCUCUGAAUGUGACAUCUGGGACGGGCAGCCUGUGUGUAAGUGCCGGGACCGCUGUGAGCGAGAGCCCCACUUCACAUGUGCAUCUGAUGGCAUGACUUACUAUAACAAGUGUUACAUGGAUGCAGAAGCGUGCUCCAAGGGUAUCUCUAUCUCUGAGGUCACCUGCAGGUACCAUCUGACAUGGCAAAACACCAGUCCAAUCCCAGCUGAAACUACUCUCUAUCCAACCACAGCUCUUCAGACCACCCUGCCAGCUGAUAUCCAGACCCCUACCAUACACAGCAGCCCAACUCAGCAGGCUGUGUUUGUGGGUGAGACAGCCAGCUUCCUGUGCGAGGUGACUGGGAAACCGCAGCCAGAAAUCACCUGGGAAAAACAACUGAAGGGCAAAGACAACAUCAUCAUGCGACCUAAUCGUGUCCGAGGGAAUGUUGUAGUUACCAACAUUGGUCAGCUUGUCAUAUACAACGCGCAGCUUCAGGAUGCUGGAAUCUACACUUGCACUGCCAAGAAUGUGGGAGGAAGUGUGUCUUCUCACUUCCCUUUGGCAGUAAUCAAGAGGGAGGCUAAUGGGAAGGAAACAGAAGGAAAUAAUACUAAUCUGCCCUUCCCACCUGCAGAGUGCUUAAAAAGUCCAGACACCGACGACUGUGGAGAAGAAAGCAUUAGCUGGUACUACGAAUCAAGCAGGAACAACUGCUUCACCUUCACUUACAGCCAAUGCAAUAAGAAUCGGAACCAUUUUGACACCUAUGACACCUGCAUGGUGUCAUGUGGAGGAGAGCUGUCAGCUCCUUGUAGCCUGCCAAGCCUUCAGGGGCCAUGCAAGACCUAUGAACAUCGUUGGGCCUACAGCAACGCCCUCAAGAAAUGCCAAUCCUUUGUCUACGGAGGCUGCGGGGGCAACGAGAACAACUUUGAGUCCAAAGAGGCCUGCGAAGGGAUGUGCCCCUUCCCCAAGAACCACAAUUGCCAGGCAUGUAAACCUCGUGCCAAAAUGGUGGCAAGCUUCUGCAGGAGCGACUUCGUCAUCCUGGCACGGGUCACUGAGCUAACAGAGGAGCAAGAGUCAGGUCACGCUCUUAUGACAGUGGAGGAGAUUCUGAAAGAUGAGAAAAUGGGUCUUAAGUUCUUUGGCAAAGAACCUUUGGAGGUGACUCUGUUAAAUAUGGAUUGGAACUGCCCCUGCCCCAACAUCACAGUAGCCGAGAGUCAGCUCAUCAUUAUGGGGGAGGUUCACAAUGGAAUGGCCGUACUGCAGCCGGACAGUUUCGUAUGCUCCUACAGUGCCCGUAAAGUCCGGAAGCUGCGUGAGAUUUCCCACAAGAGAAGCUGUAGUAUGCUUAAGGAGUUGCCUGUUACCCAGUAA